UUGCAUAACACAAGCUAUACACACACAACCAAGAACAAUAUAUUAUAGUACAAUCAAUCAUUAAAAAGCUCAGCAAUUUGAGCAAAGCAGGCUUAAUAAUAUUUACAGGAAUUCGAGUCACCGUAAUAGUCGCUGUCUGAUCCCUUAAAGAACUCCCACUAUUUGUGUUUGUGUUUGUUUAUUAGUACUUGGUUGUAUGUACAUGUCUGUGUUAGUUUACUAGUACUUGUUUAUAGCUAUUUUUAUGUAUACAAUUUUUAUAUAUCUGUACCGACAUUCUAGCACUACCCUUUGGCCCUUUCAAUCCCUAGUGCUUGUUUUUGUUUAAUUUUAAUUUUUUUUGGGUUUUGUCAUUGUUUGAUUUCUGAUCAAAUCACCAACAAUUGAGUGUUCUUGGUUGUGGGUUUUUGAGGACCCUUUUGUGUCAGCAUGUGAUCUGGGUGGUUUUUGUUGAUUUUCAUUUUUCCCGGGAAAUUUUGGAAUUUUGUGAUUAUUGGGUGGAUUGAGAAGUGGGUCUUGAAAGGGUUUGAAUUUUCCGGGAAAAUUGGAAGUGGGGUUUGUGGAAUUUGACUUUUUAGGGAGAAUCGAGAACAGGGUUUGUGGGUUUUGCUGGAUUGCUGUGAUUUUCUGGGCUUAAGAAUUGGUGAUCUUUCGAGUUUGAUAUAUGGUCAAAGGCUUUCCUGAGUUUGUAUCUGUCAUAUGGUUUAGUGGCAGUAGGGAGGAAGAUAUAGUAGAUUUAUUUUGAUGUUUGUGGAAGGACUAAGAAGUGGUUUGUGAUAAUAUUGGUUGAUAAAGGAAGGAGCUUUAUUGAUAUUGGUACCUGUUUAUGCAAUUUCUUUUAGUGAUUUUUGGAUGAUCAGGAUGAAGAAGAAAUGUGUUAUACUCUUAGUCCAACUGUAAAUUUCAAGGAUUUGUUAUAGAUAGGAGACAGUAUAAGUUGAUUUGGUGUGUGUACAUAUUAAAUUACACACUUGGCUGCAAUUAUUGGAGAAUCAUGAAGUUUUUAAGUCUUGUUAGUAAUUCCUUUGGUUGUUCUGCAUCUGGGGAACGCUUGGUUUCUGCGGCAAGAGAUGGAGAUCUUCAGGAAGCUAAAGCUUUAUUGGAAUAUAAUCCCCGUCUUGCUAGGUAUUCAACUUUUGGUGUCCGGAAUUCCCCUCUUCAUUAUUCUGCUGCCCAGGGCCACCAUGAGAUAGUUUCCUUGCUGCUCGAGUCCGGAGUCGAUAUUAAUCUCAGGAAUUACCGUGGGCAGACUGCAUUGAUGCAAGCUUGUCAAUACGGCCACUGGGAAGUUGUUCUGACACUGGUCCUUUUCAAAGCUAACAUGCACAGAGCUGAUUAUCUUAAUGGAGGUACUGCACUGCAUUUGGCUGCACUAAAUGGACAUUCUCGGUGCAUACGAAUCCUGCUUGCUGACUACAUUCCAAGUGUUCCGAAUUUUUGCAAUAUCCUAAACAAAAGAUCUAGAACUGAUGAAUCUAUCUUAGAAUUUGAUAGGAGCUCACUCUAUCAGGUAAUCAAUAGUGCCUCUGAUGGAGGCAUCACUGCCCUUCAUAUGGCUGCACUAAAUGGGCAUGUUGAUAGCGUGCAUUUACUCAUUGAACUGGGGGCUUCUGUAUCUGAGGUAACUGUUGAAGAUGGGACCACGAUCGAUCUAAUAGGUGCAGGAAGCACACCUCUUCACUAUGCGGCAUGCGGUGGAAAUGCACAUUGUUGCCAGAUCUUAAUUGCAAAGGGAGCCAGUCUGACUGCGGUAAAUGCAAAUGGAUGGACUCCUUUGGCAGUUGCUCAUUCAUGGCACAGAGAUGGUCUUGAGGAGAUUCUGACCCCAAGGGUUCAGGGACAAUCUCCUCUUGCUUUUCCACCUUCUCCGUACUUGUGUCUUCCGUUCAUGAGCAUUGUCAAAAUUGCAAGAGAAUGUGGAUGGCGUAGCAAUGAUUCUCUUAACACGUGCAUGGACCCAUGUGUUGUUUGUUUGGAGCAGAAGUGCACAGUAGCUGCAGAAGGUUGCUAUCAUGAGUUUUGCACUCGAUGUGCUUUGUAUCUUUGUUCGACAAACUGCACCACUACAGUAGCUCAUGGUCCCCCAGGUUCAAUUGCUUGCCCUCUUUGUCGCCACGGCAUAGUUUCAUUUGUCAAGCUUGAGGCCACAUCAGCAAUAGUUAAGGACAUUGCUAGGACAAGUUUAUCGCUAUCAUUUUGCACUUGUACAGCCCUUGGUUCAGACACAAUAGAAACUCCAUUUUGCAAGCCCGAUGUGCAUUCUGCUCGAUUUCCCCCCACUGGAUCGUCUUUCCGUUCUCUGAGCUGCCAUAAGUUGUCAUCACUGAAACUCAACUCCAGCCUGUGCUUGGGAGCUUCAGAUUCCAAGUGUUUGAAAUCCAGUUACAGACGCUCAACAUCUAUUAACAGUGAUCGAGCAAAAGCGUGGUUAUGCUCUCUUCACCAGUGUGUAGCAACGGGUAUCGAUUACUAACCAUUGCUUUUAGAUAAUUCCUAUACAUGUUUCCACUCCACUCCAUCACAAGAUCAACAUGCAAGUGUUGUUUUUUUUGUAUCUGCUUUUCCUUUAUCGUAAUCAUUUUUGUGAUUUAUAAUCCAAUUACUCGAGUUGUUACUGUGAUUGGGUUUUGUGAUUCCCAAUUAAAAAAGAUGAAGUUUUUUAUCCCUUGCUUUGUAAAUAUAGCAUCUGCUAUGAGCAUGAAGCUAGUACAAGCAACUGUAAUUAUUCGAUACAUAUCGAUAUCGACCAUUGGUCUUUAUUGUCCAGAGACGUUUCUUCCAAAUUUUGAAUGAAUGAACUGGUGUUACAAUUCAA